AUGGCAAAUCUGACCUCUCUGACUUCUGAAUUUCUGCUUCUGGAAUUCUCUCCAGUCCGAGAACUACAGAUCCUACACUCUGUUGUGUUCCUAGCAUUGUACCUGACAACGCUGAUAGGCAAUGGUUUCAUCAUCGUUGCAAUAGUUCUUGACUAUCGCCUGCAUACACCAAUGUACUUCUUCUUAAUGAACUUGGCCGUUUCAGAUCUUGGGAAUAUUUCUGUCAUUGUACCCAAAUCCAUGCUUAAUUCACUCAUGAACAGCAGACAUAUUUCUUAUUCGGAAUGUGUCACUCAAGUUUUUUUCUUCGUUUUCUUUAUGGCCUCCGAUUUUGUCCUCUUAACCAUCAUGGCACAUGAUCGGCAUGUGGCCAUCUGCAAUCCACUACAAUAUGAAAUAAUUAUGAACAAAGGAGCCUGCACACAGAUGGUCAUCACUGUGUGGAUUACUGGUCUUCUUUAUGCCAUAAUACACACAUCUGGCACCUUUUCAAUGACUUUCUGCUCCAAUAGAGUUGAUCAAUUCUACUGUGAAAUCCCCAAACUACUGAAACUCUCUUGCUCUGACUUAUACCUUGUUGAAAUGGGGCUUCUUGUGCUUAGUUGUACUGUAGUGUUUGGAUGCUUUAUCUUCAUUAUUGCAACGUAUGUGUGGAUUUUCACUGCAGUCCAUAGAAUUCCUUCUGUACAGGGGCGACACAAAGCCCUUUCCACUUGCCUCCCCCACCUCAUGGUGGUCUCUUUGAUUAUGUUUGCUGGCUUCUUCGUCUAUGCAAGACCUCCCAGUAAUAUUUCAUCUGAGCUGGAUCUAGUCUUUUCCGCUAUAUAUACGAUACUUCCUCCUAUGUUGAAUCCAUUUAUCUAUAGCAUGAGAAACAAAGAGAUUCAGGCUGCACUGCGUAAGUUAUUGGAUCUUAAGCACUUUUCUAGCACUACUCCCAGGUUUGUACCUAAAUUGUUGGGAUUAUAA